AUGUCACGACUUCCAACCCCAGCCAUGUCGGGUGGCUUCAUAAUCAAAGACAAGCCCGACGGAGAUGCCUUUACAUUACCUCCUGCUGCAUUGAGCACUGCCAGUCGGAGAUCCUCUCGAUCAGAUCCUUCCUAUAUUCCGGCAUCCCCGACCUCCCCAGAGCUCUCUGGCCGCCGUACAAGUCACACCGCACGGUCGGGUACAUCUAUCAAACGCCCACUUGAGGAUUUUGAUUUGCCUCCGCCACCAACUAGAACUCGCAAGAUCAUCCAGAUGAAGCCCAAAUCGCCUUCCAAAACCCCUAAAACAAGGGAAAAUGGCAAGGGUUCACAGAGUUCAGAAGACGCCAUGCCCAACCCCACAUCAAAAUCUAAAAGAAAACAGCCCAGUGCCACUAGUGCUGCAGGACGCAAGAUCGCCCGCAAGACCGCACACAGUUUAAUUGAGCGUCGAAGACGAUCCAAGAUGAACGAGGAGUUCGGAACGUUGAAGGAUAUGAUCCCGGCAUGCACCGGGCAGGAAAUGCAUAAGCUGGCUAUUCUUCAGGCAAGCAUUGACUAUGUCAAUUACCUAGAGAAAUGUAUCCGUGAUAUGAAAACGGGAGGAUCAACCCACACCCCUGCUGCACCGCCCUCACCAACAUCUCCCGAGUUCGUCGCUGAAACGGGAGAGCCCAUGCAAAGGGAUAAUUCAUCUACUUAUUCAUACUCCACCUCUGCAUCACCGGAGUUGUAUGCCGCUCCCACAGAAUUUCCGGAUACAUCUCCGUCUUUCUCCCCGCGCACUCAAGUCCCCUCAGGCAAUAUCCCACAUGAUGCUUCAUCUAUUCUUCCUAGCCCGGCACUAGGCCCGAUUUGGGCAUCCAGCGAAAAGAUGCAUGAGUUUCAGGGGGUUGAUCACGAGGCUUCAGCUGCCCUGCUUAUGUUGACUCAGGAUCGGAGAGGGACUGCCGAUUCGAUCAGUGAGAGCUUCCCUGGGAGUACGACACUGGCACAGUCUGUGGAAGAGACUCCAGCGGUGCCUGAGAUUCAAAGGAGGAAGGGCAUGAGUGUCCGUGAUCUUCUUAUCUCAUAG